CCAUUGGGUGAUGAUCCCUUUGGUCAGAGAUCACAUGACGUGCAUGCUUUCGGCAUUUCCUCAAUGUGCAAGUUUGUUUCUGCAAGUGUGUGAUUUGUGGUUUUGUCUACGACUUUAGCUUUCACUUGGAAGUAGUGAUCCCGGGCUCUGCUGCUGGCAGUCUGCAGGCUGUGCAUGCAGAUGCAGUAAGCAAUACGUGAGCAGUGCUUCAGUGAGAUUCUGUAUACAACCUGUGAGUACUGGAUUUGUUUUGUGUUUGAAGUUGUGCUGGUAUUGUAAAAGUCAUGCCGCUAAGACGAAACAAGCUGCCGGAUCCUUUGCCAGAAGGUUUGAUACUAACAGACACAAACAAGAAAAGCUGGAAAUUGGGUAAAAUUAUUGGCCAAGGAGGCUUUGGUGUAAUAUACAUGGCUUCUCCUGACGUUGAUGUGCCAGGUGACGAUAAGGAUGCUUAUGGAAUUAAAGUGGAAUUCCAUCAAAAUGGACCAUUAUUCUGUGAACUGAAGUUUUACCAAAGAGCAGCAAAACAAGACGAUAUUAUGAAGUGGAUGAAUAAACGCAAACUAGAUUUUUUAGGAAUUCCUAGGUACUGGGGAUCAGGAGAAACUACCUUCAAUUCAGUAAGGUACAGAUUCAUGGUGAUAGAUCGGCUUGGUGUGGAUCUGCUGAAGUUGCAAAACAACAACAAUGGCAAAUUGCCGGUAGCAACAUCACUGCAAAUUGGAAUACGUAUGUUGGAUGUUCUAGAAUACAUACAUGAACAUGAGUAUGUGCAUGGCGAUAUCAAAGCAGCAAAUAUCCUCCUACACACUUUUGAUCCCAAAAAGGUUUAUCUUGCAGAUUAUGGACUUUCUUACCGAUACUGCCCCGAUGGGAUGCACAAAGAAUAUAAAGAAGACCCUAAAAGACGCCACAAUGGGACAAUUGAGUUUACCAGCUUAGAUGCUCACAAGGGGGCCACAACAUCCAGACGAGGGGACCUAGAAAUCCUUGCAUUCUGUAUACUGCAUUGGAUAGCUGGAAAAUUGCCCUGGCAUCCAAGUUUAAGGGACGCUUCCAAAAUUCAGGAUUCCAAAACAAAGUUUGUUAAUGACCUCCCAAAUUCGGUCAUUGAAUGGUUAGCUCAAGAAGACGGAUGCUAUGAACUAGCCGAGUUUAUGGUUGCAGUUUCCCAUUUAAAAUACAGUGAAAAGCCAGAUUAUGUAGCCCUGAAGAGAAUCCUGCUGAAGGUUCUGGAGUCUGCUGGAAAUAAUCUUAGUGCUCCACUAAUUUUUUCAAAUGCGAGAUCCAAUCCAAAAAUGUCUUCCACAGUUAAAAAGUCAGAGGUGCAGAAACAAAGACGAGAGAUGACGACUGCUGUAGAAGACAAAGGCAUCAAGACAGAAAGAUGUAACUCCCCAAAAUCACGUCACCUACAGAAGAUGCCAAAGAUUAAUUUAAAGAAACCAGAAGGAAAUGAUAUGACCACAAGCAAUGUCAAAUACGAUGCAGAUUUUCUUCAAGACGGUAUCUAUGAAGAAUCCAGUACGUUUUAUAAAAGAUCUCGUGUGGAUUUGUACCCAGAAUUAGUCAAUAUUAAAAAACCAACGGGAACAGUCAAUGUGAACUUUAUUCAGAAUUACAAAGGUCAUUUAGACAAAGAUGAAUGGUUUCAAGAUUAUGACUUGAAAGAAAGCCAAUCUUCAUAUGAACCUAAUAUUCAUCAUCAGGAUCGUCAAAGUUUAUAUAAAUAUGCUUUAGCUGUUCCAAUACUUUUGGUAAUGAUCUAUUGUUUAUUAUAUUAACUCCAUUCCAUUAUGUCAGAUGGCCAUCUUCUUAGCCAGUCAAAAUGUCUUAUUAGACAGCUUCAGCGUUAUAGGCUGGAAAUAAAAAUAUUUUGGUCAAUGAUGA